CCAGUGUUAAUUGGCAUAAAAUUAAACAGAUUAAAAAUUCAAUUAAGUUAUUUAGGAAACGAAUGCCGGAAUAUCCGGUAGGAUGUUAGUAUUCAGUUGAAAUGUGAUGUGGCAUUAACGAACGGAAAUGAAUCGCAACGUGUUCAUAGCUUUUAUUUGCACAUCUCUUGCCGUUACCUUUCAGACGACAGACUUCCAAGACAACCUUAUCAAUGGCUACCGUACAUUAAUAGCCGACAUACAAGUAAGAACACAGAAGUCUAGAGAGGACAUGGACACUCUAGUGUCACAAAUAAAGCUGCUCAUGAAAAACGAAGCCGACAAAGCUAUAAAUUACAUGACGGUGUAUCUCGAACAAAUAUCUUUAUACUUUCAGAUAAUAAUUCAUGACCGCAAGCCACGUAACGGAACGUACUGUAAGGAAAGCAUUGUGAAACUUUUGGGAGAAAAUUUACAACUGGCCGAUGAGAAUGUAACAUUAUGCCUUGCUCUCGGUUAUCAAAGAGUACAAAGGCUACCAGAAAAGCUACAAGUCCACUUCGAAACUCUAGAAAACUUGAAAAAAUAUUCAGCUUCAAAAUUAUUCGAAUGUCAGAAGCAGCAGCAAGUCGGUGGGAAUUGCUCUCACGAGAGUCAAGACCUCGAGAGGACAGUUUUCCUGUACGAAACAUCACCUUUUCCAGUUGUUAUGGCGGAAAUAGCUAUACAUGGGUUCAAAGAGGUAUCAGAUCUGAGUGUUUGUCUUAAAGAUAUAAUAUCGAGAAUGAUGACUCACUCCGUCAAAGUGAUCGGAGACUUCAACAGAUGUAUCCACAACAUUGAAAUGCCUAAGUUAAAAUAUUUAUUGAAAUUCAUGAAGAAAUAUGCGUAAAUAAACCAAUGGGUAUAAAAGUAUCUCAUGGAUUUGGU